CUCUCUCUCUCUCUCUCUCUCUCUCUCUCUUCCUCCUCUUCCUCCUUGUUCAUUGCAGCUCAUCCCUCCUCUCUCUUACCCCGGUUCAUGCUUAUGAGAAACACAAUUUUCUUUGGUGUAUCACCUGUUCGAUGAAAGUUCACAGCGAAAUCUCUUUUAGAUGACGUGUUUCUGCUCUCUUCUUUAAUGUAGCAACAGUGUUAAGGUGAUAGCGUAUUUUUUGUGUAAUAUGUUGGACUAAUCUUAGCUUCUUUGGAUGGCAUCUUCUUUAGGUGCUAAUUUAAUCGAAUGGCAAAUAGCAAGUAUGAGUACGUCAAGAAAUUUGAAACUGAUGACAGACUGCCUCCCUCCAGUUGGAUUGUUGUCAGAAUUGACGGAUGCCAUUUUCACCAAUUUUCUGCAGAACAUGCAUUUGAAAAGCCCAAUGACGAGAAUGCUUUGAAUUUGAUGAACUCAUGUGCAGUCUCUAUGCUAGAACAAUUUCCUGACAUAGUAUUUGCAUAUGGUGUCAGUGAUGAAUAUAGUUUUAUAUGGAAGGAAACUACUCAGUUUUACCAAAGACGGUCAAGCAAAUUACUUUCACUUAGUGUAUCCUAUUUCACAUCUGUCUACGUGAUGAAGUGGAAAGAAUUUUUUCCUCACAAGGAACUGAAAGGACCACCUUAUUUUGAUGGACGAGUUGUAUGUUACCCAAGAGCAAAAAUUGUCCAGGAUUAUCUGGCAUGGAGGCAGGUAGACUGUCACAUAAACAAUCAGUAUAAUACAUGUUUUUGGAUGUUGGUUAAGUCGGGAAAGACACAGAGGGAAGCCCAGGUACUUCUAAAGGGCACACAAGCAAAAGAUAAGAAUGAGCUGCUUUUUCGACAGUUCAAUGUUAAUUAUGAUAAGCUACCUCAAAUGUUCCGAAAAGGAUCUUGUGUUUACAGAAAAAAGGUGGAAGAAGUGGUUAAGUUGGAUGAUACUGGAAAUCCCGUCACAAGAACUCGAAGCAAGGUGGUUGUGGAACACAUGGAUAUAAUAGGCCCCAAGUUUUGGAGUGAGCUCCCUUACAUCCUCAAAGAAGAGUGUGACUGAAAGGACCACCAAAUAUUUGAACUAUUUAUCGGCAAUUUGCAAGCUGGAUAUGCAGUCAAGUCAGUCUGAUGUUUUGACAUCUUACAUCUGCAGCUACAAUCAAUAUAUGGUAGUUCAAGAAGAGACCGGCUGUGCAGUCUCUGAAUCGGGAGGAUCUCUGUAGCUUAAAUAUCAAAGUGUUAGAUGAAUGAAUCUUUUUGAAUCAUUCUCGUUUUUAUGAAAUCUGAACCCCUCCAUCCGAAA